GGGAGGAGAUGACGGGCUGCUGAGUCCUUUAAAUAUUUCAACCUGGCCGUCCGCUGCGGGCAGAAUCAAACUGAGCGUGCCUCCUGAUGGGCGGGGGCCGAACUCUUAUUAUCUGUACUGUAGGGUUAUGUAGCGAGACUGGAAUGAGAGCACUGCUAACUGCUAAUAAAACUAAAAACUGAACUAACGGAAUGCUUGGCUGCAGGCAACACGGGAUAAAAAUUGAGAUUAACUAAUAAAGAAGCCAGGGAGUCUGUAAAGCGGACUGGCGAAUGGACAGGAUAGCCAGCUGGCCGCGGACGUGCAGCAGGCGCGCUCCUCUCCCGCUUUUGAUUAUCAGGUAAAAUGCAAAGACGGCCAGUCGCGAUGAUCGUCCUGUGCCUCAUCUUGUGCGUGGCAAUGCUAUUCCCCGAAUUGGAAUCCCGUGUGAACCCCAGCGGUCGAAAAAGAGGACCCAAGCCAUACAUCUCACCACUUCAGAGGCAUCGCUCCGGCCCACAUAUCUGCCAGUCUGGGUUUGGAACAACCUGCUGUCCAGGAUGGACAUUCUCCACUACCAGUGGCCUCUGCCUCAUACCAAUUUGUUCAUUUGGUUGUGGGAAAGGCUACUGCACAGCACCAAAUGUGUGUUCUUGCCAAGGAGGCAGGCGAGGUGUCACCUGUCCAGAUGAAGGUCAUACCAGCCACAUGCUAACAGGGAACAUCCUGAGCCGCCCGAAUGUGGAAGGUGGUGCCACAUCCUGUCUGACUGCACAAUGUGAUCAUAGCUGUGCUCUGAUUGGAGGACUGCCGGCUUGCAGCUGUUCUAUUGGGUACAGCUUGGGAAAGGAUGGGCACAGCUGCUAUGAUGUUGAUGAAUGUUCCAGAUAUGGGGGGAUGGCACUCUGCCAGCAGCUGUGUAAGAACAUGAUGGGCUCUUUUCGAUGCCAGUGCUACCCAGGCUACCAGCUUUCUGCCAAUGGACGGUCCUGUGUGAUUGUACCUCUCAUCUUGGAACCAACAGGUUGUGGAGAGUACGGCUGUGAUCUGUCGUGCAGUCCCAGUGGUUGUGAACAGAUCUCUCGUGUCUGCCCUGUUGGAUUCAUUGCGACAGAAACCAGCAGCCACGUCACCUGCACAGAUAUUGAUGAGUGUGCCGGAAACCAUUCGCCAUGUCAGCACCGCUGCCAGAACAGUGUGGGAAGUUACAAAUGCUCUUGCCGACCAGGCUUCUACUUGCAUGCCAACGGGUACACCUGCAUAGAUUUUAAUGAGUGCCAGCGGAAAAGAGACAAACGUCUUUGCCAGCAGUCAUGCCAGAACACCAUUGGCAGCUUCACCUGUUUCUGCAGGCCUGGCUACCGACUCAGCGCUGAUAGAGUUAAUUGUGAAGAUGUGGAUGAGUGCAGGGAAGAUGUUUCUCUAUGUCCUGGUAGGUGCAGGAACACUCGUGGAUCUUAUCGCUGCUCUUGUCCUGAAGGUUUUACACAAGUAGGAAACAAUUGUCAAGACCUUGAUGAAUGUCACAUUCCUGGUCCCAGCUUAUGCCAACAAGGAUGUCUAAAUACUGCGGGGAGUUACAUGUGUGCUUGUCGGCGUGGAUACCGGCUGAAAUCAGAUGGACACACAUGUGCAGACAUCAAUGAGUGUCAUCUGCAACCCUCUCGUUGCAUGCACCACUGUGAGAAUCUGAUUGGCUCUUACCGCUGUGCCUGUCCCGUGGGAUACCGGCUACUGCCUGAUGGAAAGCGCUGUGAAGACCAAAACGAGUGUGAGGAAACAUCACAUGGAUGUGCACACCGGUGUGAAAACACAGCAGGUAGCUACAGAUGCCUGUGUCACCGUGGGUUCCGCCUGACUGAUCAGAGUGUGUGUGAGGAUGUGAAUGAAUGUGCCCAGCCUAAUGCCAGCCACUGUACACACAGCUGCAUCAACACAAUUGGAAGCUACCUCUGUGGCUGUCACCAUGGUUACAGAUUGCAUAUUGACAAGAAAUCCUGCAUUGUGGACUCACACCUGCGACGUUGCCCCCCUGGCUUUGUUCAGUUGUCAAAUGGAGUGGACUGCACAGUUCUCCCAGACUCCAUCCUGGAACCAUCUGCUUUACUGAAGUCCAUGCCAUACCUGAAGAUAAAUAAACUUUUGACUCCGGAUUCCCAGAUGAAAAUAACUGGACCUCCUACCUCACCUCCCCCAUCAGAUCCCUUUUCCACCUUACAGAGUGCAUCAACCAUUCAUCUUAAAUUACAGAAGACAUCUUCAGAUUUUCUUAAUGUACAGACAAAAUUCAGAACACCGGUGGCUUCACAUGGCAGGCCAACAACAUAUAAAACUCAACCCACACCCACUUUAGAAAAUGCAGGGAAAGGGUCAAAACAAACAACUCUAAAGUCCCUAAUCUUACAGGAUGAAUUUAUUGAUCCUCCUCACACAAUACGAACCAAAGCCACAGAUCAUCACAUCCAUUUGACAAAAGAGCCAGUGACUCAAGUUGUUCAAAAAUCCUUUUUAGCUAGUGCCCCCUUUCACACUGCAUACAUAAUCCACCCAACCAGCUCAACCAUGACUUCAAACUCUCCUAAUGGUAACAUUCUGGCGACAGUUAGUGCUUCUGCUGACAAGCAAGUCACAUCUUCAACAUUAUUUAUCUUUGAAGAUGUAAAAUCCACACUGAAAGCUCCUUCUAGGAGUCAAGACCCACCUAUACAUCCUUCUACCUUAAGUAAAGCACAGACCAAAGUCAUAUCACCUGUCACUAGCCGCAACAUCUUACAAAACUCUCCUUCUUUAACAGAUGUGCGAACCACCCUGAUAACUCCGCUCACUACUCAAGUCCUGCCACCAAACCUUCCCAUUGUAUUGAAUAUUCAAGAUUCAAUUGCAGCUCCUUCCUCAACUCAAAAUGAGCUUUCAAAUACUCCCACCAUGUUCAAAGCUUCAGCUACAAGUCCUCUAUUAAACAAUGUACAGGUUACACUAAACGCUCCUCUCAUGAGUCAAGGCACGCUCAAAAACCUUCCCAUUGUAAUGGACACACAAUCCACAAUCUCAAAUCCUUCCACAAGUGAAGAUACUCCCUCCAACACUCUCAGCUUAGUUGAAGUACAGGCUACAUUGGCAACUCCACCUGCAAGUCAAAGAAUAUCCCUAAAUCCAACUACUUUAUACAACGUACAGGCUACAUUGAAAGCUUCUCACGUGAGUCAAGGCACAUACCCAAACCUUCCCGUUGUAAGACAUGUAGAGUCCACAAAUGAAGUACCCACUUUAAGUCAAGACAUAACCUCAGAUCCUCUCACUUUAGAUAAUGGGCAGUCGACAUUUAUGACUCCUACCAUGAGCCAAGACGCAUCUCCAGCCCUUCCGGUUAUAAUGCAUGUACUGUCCACAAUCUCAGCAGAUCCCAUGGAUAAAGUCAUGACCUCUCAUUCUCUUUCUCUUCAUGAUGUAUUCACAACACCUUCCACAGGUCAAGCUAUGCCCCCACAUUCUCCCAUAUCUCUAUCUGAUAUGCAGACCACUCCUACAAGCUCCUUCUCCCUAGAAGAAGGGCUUGAAAUUUCUCCAACUGGGCAAAACUCAUUUAGAACUCUACUCCACCUACGUUCCACAUACACAAUCCCUCCGGCAUUGCAGGCCAUGCUGCCAAACCCUUUUAUCGAUUAUGAAGACAGCUUUAUUCACCCAACUGUACAAAGUAAACUACCUUCCCCCCUACCACUACAGGCAGCACUUAAAUCUCCAAAUACAUGGCACACAUCAACAGGGCUUCCAGCUUUAAUCGAAAAGAGUAGAACCUUUGCUACUGUAAAAAGCACUUUAGAAAGUCCAACCUCUACACAAGCUGAAAGCAAAACUCAUUUAGUUUUACAAAAGACAUCAACAAACCAUCAGUCUUCUCGUACGGUGUCUCCUAGCACACAGCAUACUGCUUUCACUCCAGUCACUAUCAUACAGCCUAAUUCACACCCUACUGUCUCUCUAAUAAUGCGUACAGGUGUUCCCACUUUGAUAGGGUCAUCUGCAACCCCUUCCUCAGCUACUGGAGCAGACUCUACUACCUUAAUGUCUUCACCCUCUGUUCUCUCACAAAGAUCACCUCUGUCAUCCAAUAGUGAUGAUACACCAUCAAUAGUCCUUACCUCUUCACCAGGUACAUCUUCAGUCUUGACAGUUUCUACUUUGGACUAUAUGGGUCUUUUUCUAGCCCAGAAGCAAUCUCAAAUCUUGAAGCCUUCCUCCUAUAUCCCCACAAAAACAAGAAGUGAAACGUCUCCUACAGAGAGCAGCAAGCCACCACCAUUUAAUUAUAAAUUCCCAUCAGUCUCACCAGAUUUCCAAAGGUCAGAUUUGAAAACUACAGCUUCAAUGUCCUCUCUUAAUUCUUCUCCUGUAAAUAAACAGUCAUCAACCAGGUCCAAUGUAGCUAUCACACACUCCGACACAUCAUUUUCUAGAUCUCUACCUUCCAGGCCCACCUUAAAGCCUGAGCCAGCACCAAUAGUGUGCUUACACAAUGGAGUUCUACAUCCUGAAGGAAACAACUGGCUUGAAUCUCAGUGCAAGAACUGCACCUGCCUGGAAGGCAGUGUAUUCUGCUCCCAGGUCACAUGCUCAGUUUCCUGCUCACACCCAGUUUUGGAUGAUGAACACUGUUGUCCACUCUGUAGUCGCUGUAGUUAUCAUGGCCUCAUUAUUGAGAAUGAAGAGACUUUUUCUCCUGAGGAAGACAACUGUACGCUGUGUCUGUGUCUGGCUGGAAAUGUCACCUGUCUUUCUCCAGAGUGCCCCUUGGUCAUUUGUGCUCGACCAAUACAGUCAGAUUGCUGUCCAGUUUGUCCAGUUGAAUGCAUCUAUGAAGGCGCAGUAUACCAGGAGGGAGCAGAUUUUCCGAAACCUGGGGAUGACUGUUCGGUUUGCGUUUGCCAGAAUGGUGAGGUGGUGUGUUCCUUUGCUCCAUGUCCAGUAUUGGAUUGUCCUCGAGGAGACUGGGUACUGGAAACUGGACAGUGUUGCUUCUCUUGUCGUCAGACAGCAGUACAAAAAGGCUGCUCUGUGGAUGAUAAUGGAACAGAAUUCCCUGUGGGACAGAUCUGGUCUACUGGAGAUCCGUGUGAGACCUGUGUGUGUCAGUUGGGGGGCAUUAUUGUCUGCCAGAGGAUAGAGUGUCAGGAAAUAUGUCCGCACCCCAUUCAGAUUCCAGGCCAGUGCUGUCCAGUCUGCUCAGUAGGUUGCACAUAUGGAGGGAUUAUCUAUGAAAACAAUGAAACCUUCCCUUCUUCCAGAGAUCCCUGUCUCACCUGUAUAUGUCUGUCAGGUUCUGUUGCCUGCUCCCCAGUGCAUUGCAGGCCCAACUGUACAUAUCCAUUCCAUCAGGAAGGUGAAUGUUGUCCACUCUGUCAGGAUUGCAACUUUGAAGGUAGAAAGGUUUACAAUGGACAGUCAUUUACACUGGAGAACAGGCCCUGCACUCAGUGCACAUGUCAGUACGGAGAGGUGGAGUGUGUUGAACUCUCCUGCAACACUGACUGCUCACAUCCCUUGCAUUUGCCUGAGGAAUGUUGUCCCACAUGCCAAGCGUGCUUUCAUGAUGGCCGGGUUCUCGACGAUGGUGAUUACUAUAUAUCUGAGACAGAUCCUUGCACCGUGUGUUUCUGCACAGAAGGUAACAUACAGUGUGAAUGGAAAGGUGACUCCUGUCCUCCGGUGGUUUGUGAAAGUCCUCUGCAGCAUCAGCCAGGACAGUGUUGCCCCCUUUGUCCUGGAGGCUACAUUCCUGCGUACAAUGCAGAUGAACCAAAAGUGAAAAUUCAUGAAACUGUCUCGGUAGAUAAACUUCCCCGAGUUCUCAGACGUGCUUUGGAAACACGUCGGAAAAAAGGGGCAGUAAAGUUGAGUUCUUCCAGAUCUCUGUUGCUCCAACAUCCUGCACUCCUGAAAAUACAUCAAUCAGCAUCCAGGGUGAUGCUCCAGAAGCCUAAAGAAGCAUCAGAAAGUCUGACAGUAUCUCCUUCUACCAGGAAGAAUCCUCCAUACCAGAUUUCAGAUUUGACCAUCAUUGAUGGUGCAAUAUCUUCAAAAUCACUGACUUCUCCCUCAAAGAAAUCUCUAACCACAUCCAUCCACCAGCAUCUGUUGUCUCAGAUUUCUCCUAAACACCACCCCACACUGGAGGCUUUGACUACAUAUCACACUCCACUGAAGCCAUUGAGAUUUCCAUCCAGUGAGCUUCCAUGGAGUUUUCAGACCAUAACCAAACACACCACCCCUUUGAGGGCUAAGACAGCACCACCACAACCACCUCUAGUCACACUGAAACACCAGUCUCCUACCCCUGAGUCUCUGACCCCUCUUACACACCAGGAUUCACUGAAUUCUCUGACCAGGUCCAUACAUGAGGACUCAUUUUGGCCUUUAACCACGACUGAUUCUCCUCUAACCAUUCCAACUGACACUGACAGUUCCACUAAAAUAAAAUCAUCCAGAACAGAUAUUCCAGCUAAGCAACCUGCUCCAUCUGCUAGAGAUUUGAAAAUCAUCUCUGAAGAUGAGGACAAAGACCAGCCUGUUGACAACGGGGCAUUAGAAUCAAUUAGUUGAGGAAUAACCACGGGAUCAUAAUUAGGAGAGAUAACUGCACCCAGUGCAAAGGUGGGGAGUGCCAACGUGAGAAUCAUUCAGAGUUUCAUGUCUAUGUCUCUUCUGAAGAAACUCUACUCCAGUUCUGUCCAAUGUCCAGAGAAUAUCCUUGGUGUCCAGACAUCCAGGAGGAUAUUGACCCACAUCACCAUACCCAGGAUGCCUGAACCAAAUGUCAUCACCUCAGACGAAGUGGUUUAGAUGGAACUGGUCAGUGUUUCAGAACAGACCUCCAACUCCACCUUAAAGCAAGUCUCCUCCUGUCCAUCGCUCAGUCAGUGGCAGCGGUCUUCUCCAGAAGUAUCAGCAUGGACCAAGACUUAACACUCAAGAAUAGCUGACAUGUUAGCGACAGAAUACCUGAUCGGGUAAAUCAACAAGAAACAACAACUCCAUUGUUGUUUGAGGAACCCUUGACUCCUACUGUGUAUCUCUAAUGAGGCUCCCUUCUAGGAAAUGCAUAGAGCAGCACAUGACAGAGAUUUGAGUCUGGAGCAGCCAUAUAAAACGCCUAUUGAAUUCUACAAUAAGAAUCACAGAAUAUCCUGAUGACAUCUCAAGAAACUCUCUCUAUACCAGCAUGGAGACUCAAUAUAUUUUCUUUAAUUAAUUUACUCUGAUGUGAUCUUUGAAAGAAUUUGUGCUUGGACUGAUCUAAGAGUGGAUAGGAGACAUGCCCUGGUGGUUUGGAAAGGACAAUGCACAUUGCACUUUACAGUAACUCUCUACAUCGAUGACAGGACAUUUGUUUAAAGGAAGAGUAUCCAAAUAUUGUUGGCCUAGUCUACUUCAUGUAAUACUUCUGUAAAAGUACUCAAUGUAUCUUAUCCCUGUUUGGGAGUUGGUCUGACUUGACAUUUAAAUAUUUCCCCUUUCUGAGGUUCACUUGAAGAUACAGGAUAUUUAAAUUGUAAUAUAUGUGUAGCUUCUCAUGUAGGGAACGUUUAAGAUUUCCCAAAAAUUAUGUGUAAUGUCUAUAUAGUAGUUUUAUACUUUGUAAUUAUUUGGUCUAUUUUUAAGAGAAUUUACUGUAUAUUUGUUAACUCAGAUAUUUCAUUUUCUGCUGUCUUGCUGUAGAAUAAAAUGUAAUUUAAU